AUGAUUUGGAAGACCCUCUUGAGUUUUGUGGCCGUAUUGGCACAUACCUUCUCAGCUCUAGCUACUCCAACGCUCGACCUUGAGCGAUCGAAUCAAUCAAGCGACAGAUAUGUCUUCGCUCAUUUUAUGGUCGGCAUAGUAGGAAACUACCAACUCGACGACUGGAAAGAAGACAUGACAAUCGCACAGUCUAUCGGCAUCGACGCAUUUGCUCUUAACUGUGCAAGCAUAGACAACUACACGCCAACCCAGCUAGCACUCGCCUACGAAGCGGCCGAGCAAGUAGGUUUCAAAGUCUUUAUAUCUUUCGACUUCGCCUAUUGGAACAACGGCGACACGGCAAAAAUCACCGAAUACAUGCGGCUGUACGCCGGCCACCCGGCGCAAAUGCAGUAUAGAGGAGGUGCGGUCGUGAGUACAUUUGUCGGAGACAGUUUCAAUUGGGAUGCCGUGAGACAGGGCACGCCACAUCCAAUUUAUGCUUUGCCGAAUCUUCAAGAUCCAGCGGAGGCGUCUACGGGUGCUGCUCGGAGUGCGGAUGGGGCGUUUUCGUGGUUAGCUUGGCCGACGGAUGGGGGAAAUAGUAUCAUUCCUGGGCCGAUGACGACAAUUUGGGACGAUCGAUUCGUGCAUUUCCUUGCUGGGAAGACUUAUAUGGCCCCCGUGUCACCCUGGUUCUCGACACAUUUCAAUGUCAAAAAUUGGGUGUUUGUCUGCGAGAAUCUGCCGACUCUGCGAUGGGAGCAAAUGCUGGCUCUUCAGCCAGACCUAGUAGAAAUAAUCUCGUGGAAUGAUUAUGGCGAAUCCCACUACAUCGGCCCAUACUCGGCCCACCAUAGCGACGACGGCUCUUCUCAGUGGGCAACUGGAAUGCCCCACGAUGCCUGGCGCAACCUGUUCAAACCAUAUAUCGCAGCCUAUAAAUCCGGAGCCAAGACUCCUACCGUGGUAGCAGACGAACUAGUAUAUUGGUAUCGACCAACCCCAAAGAAUGUGUGGUGCAGGGGCGAUUCUCUCUCUGCACCAAUGGGCAUCAGCAUGCUCAGCGACAGCAUCUUCGUCGCAACUAUGUUGACAAGCCCGGCUGUGUUGACCGUGCAGAGUGGAUACAACGCGCCCGUUAGCAUUACUGUUCCAGCGGGGAUCGUGACCUCAAAUGUGAGCAUGGGCAUCGGUACUCCGUCUUUCACGGUGACUCGUGAUGGACAGACGAUUUUGAGUGGUCAAGGUGGACUGGAUGUUAAGGAUAGCUGCGUUCAUUACAAUUUCAAUGUUUAUGUUGGAUCGAUCACGAGUGGGAUUUAUGGUGAGAGUAACUCGACUGUGAGUGCUUAG